GGCCUGCUCAGUCGUGAUCAUUGUCGUCGUCGUUGUGGUCGUGGUGUCGUCCUCACACAAUUUUCGCGCACAGCCGCCCAGCUCCACACACCGCCAGCUUUUAGCCUGCCGCAGGGCGGGCGGUGUAGUGGCUGAGCAUUGGGCGGCUGUGGCCAAGCGGCGGUCAUUAGUCGCAAAUUAUUAACGUUGUUAUGUAUUGCAACUGCAAAUGUAACGGCCGGAGGCGGUGUAUAUUUUCGGCGUACAGGUGUAAGCGCGUUGGCGGCAGCAACAACUACCAUCAACAUCAACACCACUAACUGCACUAUAAAGCAGCUAUAUAUUAAUUACAAAAAAAAAAUAUAUACAUAUAUAUAUACAACAACAACUCUUCUGCUGCUGCAACAGCAAUUUGCAUAGCUUUUAGCGCAUUAGCGCUAGCGUUUAGCUGUAGUUCCAAAGAAAGCGCCACAAAUAACACCCAACCACAAACGCCCAACGUUCCGAGCAUUCGCAUUGCCAAACGUACGCGCAUCCAAAGCAAACACGCUCCGCGCCACAGCACUUUGCAAGUUUGCAAUCGCAAUUUAUCGCAUUGUCCUUAGCGUGUUGUCACCGUCAUAGUCGUUGUUGUGUGUCUUCUGGUCGUGUCGUGCCGUGUUGUGUUCCCACGCCUUGUGUCGCCUUGUGCCGCCUCGUGUGAUCCUUAUUCGUGAAUUUAUCUCUCGUUUGUUUUCGAUUUUUCUAGUUUGAGCAGCCAACAAGAUGGAUGAACUCUCCAAAGACCAAAUCGAACUCUUGCGUAAUGCCUUCAAUGCAUUCGACGCUGAGAAGAAUGGCUACAUCAACACCACCAUGGUGGGCACCAUCUUAAGUAUGUUGGGCCAUCAAUUGGACGAUGCUAUGUUGGCUGAGAUUAUCGCCGAAGUCGAUGAGGAUGGUUCGGGACAAAUUGAGUUCGAAGAAUUCACCACAUUGGCGGCGCGUUUCCUCGUUGAGGAGGAUGCCGAAGCGAUGCAAGCCGAACUGAAAGAGGCAUUCCGUUUGUACGAUAAGGAGGGUAACGGUUACAUCACCACCGGUGUGCUGCGCGAAAUUCUACGCGAAUUGGAUGAUAAAUUGACCAAUGACGAUUUGGACAUGAUGAUUGAGGAAAUCGAUUCUGAUGGCUCAGGAACGGUGGAUUUCGAUGAAUUCAUGGAGGUCAUGACCGGCGAGUAAGCGGUAAAUACUACUACGCAGGCGCUAUAUACUAUCUAUUUUUGGCCGCAAAUCUUUACCUAAGAAAUAUGUAGUAUUUUAUAAAAUCAGCAAAAAAUGCCAACAACAAUGGAACAACACACACACAUACAUACACUCGUGAACAAAAUAUUAAUAUUUUUAGUGAAAAAAUAAUUUUGCAAUUUUUGUUAAAUUUUUUGUUAAAAUAUUUAAAAGCAUAGAAAAUAUUUAAAUCAACAAAAGAAAAGCAAUCGUUCAAAGUCAAAUUAUAUAAGUUUGUUGUUUAAUAAAAAAAAGUACAUAUAUAUACAAUACAAACUAACUGUUUUGUCCUUAUGUUGUAAAGUUAUUGUUAAAUCCGUUUAAUGUUUUCAAACCUUUUCGUCCAACUAUUAUCAAAUCCACUAAGUAUGUACACAUUGCAUACCAAGUCAAUGGCUCGAGUGACUCAACACCCAACAAGCACAAAAGUCAUCAACAUGAAUAAAAGUAACAUGCAUGCAUUAUAAAUACAAACACUUUUUUUGUUUUUAUUUAUCAAUUUUACUCAUUUUCACUAACGUGAAAAAAAAAAUUAUAAAAAAAAAAUUAACAACUGCGCUUUAGUCUCUGCGCAUGCGCACAAUUGCUUACUGGCUGAUGCGCCAUGCGUAGUCUAGGCAGUUAUUAAAAAAAUAUUGUUAAAAAUAUAUUAAAAAAAAAUUAUAUAUAUAUUAAUCAAUUUAAAGUUAAAUUAAAUAUAAAUUUAAUUUUCCACGCAAUGCUCGUCGUAAUUGAACCAAAUAAGAAAGGAAGUCUACUAAGCUUAAACUAAGUUACUUAUAUAUAUUAUCGAAUGUAUUUCAAUACAUACAUACUUCUACAUUUAUGCAUACAAAAACAAAAAUAAGUUUUUCAUAAAAAAUAUUUCUAAAAUGUUACAAAAUUUGUUUUUCUGUUCAAAUGUUUAUUGUUGUUAUAUCAAAUAUUGUUCAAUUGUUCGUAAAAUUUUAUUAUUAUUAUUAUCAUAUCAUAUUAUGCAAUAUGUAUGUAUAUGCCAAUACACUUAUGCGGAAAUAUAUACAUAUGAAUGCAGUAAAUACUCGUAUAAGUAUAAGUACACAUUUACUACACGAAACACACGCUGAAAUCGCAAGGAUAUGCCGUUAUUGAUACAAAAGUUUUCUAAAAAAUAUAUAUUUUUUCUAUUAAUUUAAGCUUUAAACUACACAUCAUUUAAUGAAAACAUGCUUGACUCAACAAAAAUUCAAAUAAAACAACAACUAAAGUAUGAAUUUACAAAAUUAAAACAAAAUCAAUAACAACAACCUCGUAAAACAACAAAAUUAAAAUAAAAAAUAAAAACAACAAAUUAUUUUAUAAACAAAAUAGAAACUGUAAACAAAAUAAGCACAACGCUUACAAAUAAAACCAACAAAAUCAAUGAAGCAUGAAUGUCAACAGCAACAACGUAAUUUACAACAAUUAAAACCAACAAAACUACAAAAAAUGUAUUGAAAUUUACACAAAAGAAAAAAAGAACAAAACACUAAACUAAAAACAAAAGCAAAAAAAAAGAAACAAAAAACAAUAGUAAAUUAAUGAAAAUUGUACAAUAUGUAUUCAGUUGAUGUUUUGUGGAGUUCUUAAAAAAAAAUUCGAACUCAAAAAAAUCAUAAAAAAUGGAGUAAAUAAAUGCGAUUUGCAAUAAGAUCUGGUAAAACUAAAAUUUCCAGUGUUUCUA